CGUCCAAUUCUCAAAAAAUUUCCAUCAAUAUUAAAAUUUCCCGUCGGAUUACGAACAUCAAAUCCAAAAGAAAACAAACCCACAUUUUCAAUCUUCCUUUUAAGAAUUGAAUUUAAUCCAAUUUUCCUAAUUUCUUUUUUGCUUCUCGUUGUACGCGUUUGCAAAAGCCGAAGCUUAAUAAGAGAGAACCCAUACAGUGUUUAUAGUCUCUCUCCCUCUCUCGCGCGCGCUCUGAGAGAAGAAGGUUCUGUUCAUGUUCCUCUUCUUGAUAGCAAACUAUUUCUCUCUGUCUUCAUUCUCUGUUCUUAUACAGAUUCUUUGUUUAUCUUCACUCCACAUUUUGUCUUCUUCAAUUCCCAGGAUUGUGAGGAUAUCUCUUUGCUGCGGGUAUCACGCAUGACACAGGAGUGUAUCAGAUGGCUAUUGUAUUGUAGCAUGAGGAGAGUUUAUAAUUUCAAGUUAUUACAUGUUAAAACAAGGAACUAGUAUAACUCAUGCGGUUCCUUGUUUAUUGCAAUCGUUAGAAAGCUUUUGCCGAUAUUGGUGUCGGUUCGUUCGGCUCACGAUCUCGAACAAUAGUUAAAUUCAACGAAAUUCUUAUUUCAUGGGUAAUAAGCUCGGAAGGCGGAGACAAAUGGUUGAUGAGAAGUAUACAAGGCCUCAAGGGCUUUACAACCAUAAAGAAGUGGAUCAUAAGAAACUUAGGAAACUCAUACUUGAAUCGAAGCUCGCUCCGUGUUAUCCGGGAGAUGAAGAAUCCGCGUCCGAUGUUGAAGAAUGCCCCAUAUGCUUUCUGUAUUAUCCAAGUCUCAAUCGAUCGAGAUGUUGCAUGAAAAGCAUUUGUACAGAAUGUUUUCUACAGAUGAAAGUUCCGAAUUCCACCCGGCCUACGCAGUGUCCUUUUUGCAAAACCUCGAAUUAUGCUGUGGAGUAUAGAGGUGUGAAAUCAAAAGAAGAGAAGAGCUUGGAGCAAAUUGAAGAACAGCGUGUUAUAGAAGCAAAGAUUAGAAUACGACAGCAGGAACUUCAGGAUGAUGAGGAAAGAAUGCAGAAAAGACUUGAAUUAAGUACCUCAAAUGUCGGUACUAAUGUCGAGGACGGUGAAGACAGCCCUGCAGCUGUUCCAUCUUCUCAAUCUCCUGCCGAAGAUGAGGAAACGGUUAGCUUGCAAGAUUCUUGUAUGACCCAAAUCAGAUCGCCACCGCCUCCUAUUCCUAUUAGAAGCAACAGAACUUUCAGGGAUGAUGAAUUCGACCUCGAUCUCGAGGACAUAAUGGUCAUGGAAGCAAUCUGGCUCUCGAUUCAGGAGAAAGGAAGGCAUAAAGAUCCAGUGUACGCUGAGGCUGCUUCUUCUGAUCAAUAUGCUGCAACAGAAGCUCGAUAUAUCUCUCCAGCCGCCAUUCCGUUAGCUGGAACGUCAUCGUCGUCCCCGUCUGGAGGUCUUGCUUGUGCCAUAGCUGCUCUUGCAGAGCAGCAGCAGAUGGGCAGAGGACCGACACCCACUUGCACGAAUGGAGAUUCACCCGUCUUCAACAUGCUUCCUGGAGCCACGGAGUUUUACAGCAGGAUGAAUGCCAAUGAAGAAAGCUAUCCACCCGCGCAAGUCUCGAUCAACUCAGAAAGUUACGCACCUGCACAAGUUUCAAUCGACACGGUACCAGACUGUAGGAUGAUGUUAACAAGAAAUGAAGGAGAGUGGAAUCUUGACCAUCAAUCAGAAGAAGCUGAAGCUGGGACGAGCUACCCGACAUCGGAUUCAACCAAAGACAAUGGUACUGAAUGUGCCUUACCGACAGCCAACGCUAUGGACGGUGGAAACCAAACGACAAUGCCGAUCAUUCCUCAGAAUUUUGAAGAGCAGAUGAUGCUCGCCAUGGCUGUUUCUCUAGCAGAGGCUCGAGAAGUGUGUACUGGACCAGGUCAUUCCUGGCAGCAGUGACUCUAAAUCAUAUCUAAACUCAAACAUCCGAAUGUAGCCAACAUGAACAUAGCCGAGCUGCAAGCUAGAGAAUACACACAAGGAGUGGCAUGAUGUUUGUUUCAAGGUGAAGGUAGCAACUCCUCUCCCGCUCGGGCCCCUCGCGUGAAAAACGAAAAAAAAAAAAAAAAAA